AUGUGUGGUAUCUUACUUCAUUAUUCAGCAACAGACGACUUCUCAGCGAAUAAAUUCAAGUUAACAGAUGGUGAAACAUCCAAAUAUCGAAAUUUAAUACUUGAUGUCAACUACCAAAUCGAAUCAUCUGGAAUAAUAUCCCCUACUUUUGCGAACAUUGCACCAAAGGUAUAUGACAGAGGCACUGAUUUUUGUUCUUAUAAGGCUUUGAAGCAUGUUGAAAUGUUCUCAUCCGUUCUUUCAUUGAGGCACCCGCUCACUAGGCAACCGUACACCGAAAAGAAAAGCAGGUUUAUUCUACAGUUUAACGGAGAGCUAUAUAAUGAAGAGAUCCAACCAGAGGAGAACGAUGUUCAAUUUGCCCAUAAGCUUCUACAGGAAAAUGAUGGUGAUGUGAUAAAGACUGUGCAUUAUCUAGAUGGAGAAUUUGCAUAUUGUAUUACUGAUGUUGAGGACCACAAGAUAUAUUUCGGAAAAGAUGUUUUAGGACGAAAAUCUCUACUAUAUGGACUUUCAGAAGAUAACAGUGAGCUCUAUGUGACCAGUUGCCUGCCAGACAAUGCUAGCCUUUUGAAGCAGUACACUUUUCAUGAAUGUAAGCCUGCUGUUGUGUAUGUAUACGACACGAAAUUGAAGCAUUUAUCCGAAAUCGAGCAGCAGUCUUUAUCCGAGGACAAUUUUCAUGUCAAUGCAGAUUGGGAAAGUAACACCAGCCGUACAGAAGAGCAAGUUAAUAACAUUUUGGACUCGCUUCAAAAUUCACUUGAAGAGUCCAUCCGCAAAAGAAUAUUUACCGUCUUCCCUGUUCAAAAGGCAAAAGCCAAUUAUGCCAUACUAUUUAGUGGGGGAAUAGAUUGUACAUUAUUGGCUGCAUUCUGUGCACUGCUUUCCAUAAAAAGCGAUCUCAGCCCUAAAAUUGAUUUGCUUAACGUCUCUUUUUCGAAUUUACGAGCAGGAACAGAUCCAUCGCAAACACCUGACAGGAAACUUGCAGUGAAAAGCUGGAAACAUCUUCAAGCAAAGUACGCAUCGGUCCAAUUUAACCUGAUCGGGAUAAAUAUUACAUAUGAAACCUAUCUAGAGCACAAGGCCAGGAUUACCAAUCUUAUGUAUCCCAAAGACACUGUGAUGGAUUUGUCAAUUGCCGCUGCUUUUUACUUUGCAUCUAGCGGUUAUGGAAAUAUCGUCAACCCUGAUGGAUCUAGAACAUCAUACACUAGCGAUUGUAAGGUUCUCCUAAGUGGAUUAGGAGCAGAUGAGCUAUUUGGCGGCUAUACGCGCCAUGAAAGAGUUUUCACCGGGAUAUCGAAUCAGCGAAAAAGAAACUUGAAAAACAAGCCGCAAAAAGACACCACACAUUAUGAUGUAGAAAAGGAUUUGGUACCUAAAUUGAGGGAUGAGCUUCAGCAUGAUCUUUCUAAUUUAUAUAUCCGGAACAUGGCUCGGGAUGAUAGAGUCAUAUCUUGCUGGUCGAAAGAAGUUAGAUAUCCAUACUUGGACAUGCAGUUUGUUCGUUUCUCUAGUGAAAAGGUUCCACUCGAUUUGAAGUUACACUAUGAUAAUGCAUCUGGUGAGAUUACCCGAAAAUAUGCACUCAGACUGCUCGCUUUAAAAAUCGGCCUUGAUUGGGUUGCAGGAGAACCAAAAAGAGCCGUUCAGUUUGGUGCAAGAAGUGCCAAAAUGGAGAUGGGCUCAAGUCAUGUGAAGGGGACAGAUAAAGCAUGA